AUGGGGGCUUACCCUGAAGACUACGAGAUUAAAGGCUCUAGACUCACACAUUUGUGGGUGGCAGAAGGAUUUGUAAAAUCAAAUAGGGAAAGAAGUUUGGAGGAAGAGGCACGGGACUGGCUAAAAUCUCUAGUAGAGAGAAAUCUAAUUAUGCUUAGAGGAAAGAACAAGUAUGGAAAUUCAAAGAGUUACAGCAUGCAUGAUACGAUGAGGGAUGUAUGCAUUAGGAAAUCUGAUGAAGACAAGUUUCUGCAUGUGAAGAAUGGUCCCGAGCUCAUAUUAUCUAAUCCACGCCGCGUGAGUUCUGACAUAUCAAAUAGCAUGAACAAUGCUAACGUUUUAACAGAGUCCAUGUCACUUACUCGAUCUGUUAUAGGCAUUGGUGAUUCUCAGAGGGAUGAGAUUCCGCCUGUUGCCUUUUUCUCCUCGAGAUUGCUAACAGUGUUGGAUUUAAUGUACAUAAAUUUUGAAGAGUUCCCAACUGAAAUAUUUGAAUUUGUCAACCUACGCUUCUUAAGUAUCUGGUGCCGUUCAAGGAUACCUAGAGGAAUAUCAAGAUUGCGGAAUUUGCAAACCUUGAUAGGUUAUAUCUGGUUUGAUGUGCCAUCUGAGCUAUGGCAGUUCUCUGAGUUAAGAAAUCUCAACGUACGUGAAAUUCAGUUGUUAAAAGACGAGGAAAUGAACUACUGUGUUCUGAAGAAGCUCCAAAUAAUUUCAGUUACAACUCUAACUAGAGAGGCAGAAACUUGGGAUGGUUUCCUCAAAAGCAUUCCAAAUAUCCAAAAGUUGGGGAUUGAUGAUGGCUACAGCAGAAGAUCCACGACAAUCGAUCUUAGUCAUCUCCACAAGCUACAGAUAUUAAGAUGCAAUUAUAUCAGAAUCAUAUCCUUUGUAGAUGGUUCGGAUUGUUGUUCCAGAGUUAUGUUUCCUUGUAACAUCAGAAAACUAGUACUGUGUGGGUGUGAAAUAAAUUCGGGAGUGUUGGGGAUUCUGUGUGAACUACAUAAGCUGGAAGUGCUCAAGAUAAACGCAUGCAGUUUUAAAAGCGAGGAGACACGCGAUGAGGAGUGGGAGUUAGCAGAUGGAGAUGAGUUCCUGUAUCUCGAAUUUUUGAUUCUUGUGAGUUGGAUAGCCGAUGAGACCAACUUCUCCAGACUCCACCACCUCCGUGUAGAUAACUACAUAUAUCUAGAGGAAAUCCCUAGCCGCAUUGGAGAAAUCCCAACGCUCCAAUUAAUAGAGUUAGAUGGAUGCAGCAAAUCCUCAGUGGCCUCAGCAGAAACGAUUGUGGAGGAGCAGCAAUCUGACUAUGACAACUACGAUCUCAAACUUUGUAUCCUAAACCCGCGCUAG